AAUUAUUAGCCACACCUUCAGCAAAAUGGCAGAUGCAGACGACGGGGGUUUUAAGUAUCCACUUUUUGGCUGUUUUGACGAUGUUUCAGUGUGUUUGUAUAGCUAUUUCUGCUCGUGUGUUGCCGUUGGGGAAUUAGCUGAAACCCUUGGGGACAGCAAAUGGAUGCAUUGCUGCCUCUACUGGACAUUGGUACAAAUAUUUAACCUCCUUGGCCACGCUGGGUACGUGGUGUAUAUUGUUGGGCAAGUGAGAGAGCAAAGAGGAAUUGAGGGCUCACUUGGUAAUGACUGCCUUUUAGGAGCUUUCUGCUCAUGGUGCUUCUUAACUCAAGUUAUCAGAGAAGUUAGAGAUGAUCCCAUUGAGCAGAAUAUAUUAAGAGAAUAAAAAUUAUUCGUCAUUUCCUUCAAUAAUGCUAUUAAGAAAGACUUCUUGGGGGCGUGUAAUUUUAUUUUGUGUUCCUGUGUGUAUUAAAUUUGAGUGAUAUAAUUAAAAAAUUACACUGGCGAGUCAUUUAUUUGACGAGACUUAAUUGUAGUUUAUAUUAAAGCAUGAGUGGGUUUAAAAGCUAGCACAGUGUCCAUGUGUGCCUGAUGUGUCCACGAGUAGAAUAAUGUUAUUCUUAAGUUUAAGUAAACUUCUUAAGCUAACAGUGACUAAUAAAUAAUAGUUAAUUAAUCGCUGCUAAGGUGACAUUCAGUCACUGGGACAAACAGACAUAGGAAGGAGUGAAGCUAUCAGAACCUGUGGAUUGCCAGCCUUGUUCAUUCAGUUGCUAUUAUAUUAUAUAUAGAUCAAUUACUGCUAUCUACAAGUGAAGGAAGACACCAUUAACUAGUUUCAGGAAAAUGUCCCGACGACACGAUUUAAAAAGCAUGGAGGUACAUAAUGGUAUCUGUGAUGACUCCGAUGACUCUGAUGAUAGCUAUGUUAAUGUCGUAGAAGAACUAUCAGGCAUGAGAGACAUACCAAAACAAAAUCAAUCAAUCAUGAUGAUGAGAGGAGGAGAGAGUCCCACUCCAGUAGUUGCAUCUUCACUGGUCAACAGACCGUUGCCAGCUCCUAGUCCAACUCCUUUUUAUGCAACACAGUCACUGCAUAGGUCUAGGAAUCUCAUACCAGCCUCAGUCCUGAUGCAGCAAACUCAAGCAGUUGCCAGCUCUAGCAAUGCUGCUCUUUAUCAUAACAAGAAGCCACAGCAGUACAGACUACCCAGUCCACCUCAGAUCAAGCCUCUUCCACCCAGUCAGAAUCAAAAUCAACACUACUCAGAGGGAGCCACUGCCAAGCGUCAGUCACCAAAGCCAUUGCAGCAUCAUCAUCCGCUCCAACCACAGAUUGAGUAUGCUGUGCCUGGUCCUCCUGCAACGAAACCCAAGCCACAUCAUCAAGACGUCAAACGACCGCCAAUAUCUUCUCCACCUUUCACUUCACCAACUAACACUCCAUCCUUUACUUCACCAACUAAUGUAGAGCAUGAAUUCGCUCCUCUCUCUGGUGAUAUGGAGCUCAGGGAAUUUGUUAGUAAGUACAAAAGUGAGUUUCCGGUUCAAAUUCGGGUCUCCAAAGGGUUUUAUGGCACAACUGACAAGUGGUCAAUCUCCGAAGGAGAGAUUUUCACAAUACACUUUGUGAAAUACACAAAGACAGUGGCAGCAGAGGACAGGUUGCUUGGUAGUUAUGGAAUCCCUUUAAAUUCAAAUGCUACGUUUGGGAUCCUUUCUACAAGUAGCUCCACUAAGAAAGACAAAGCUGAGCCAGAGCCUAUUGAUUAUGAGACGGUUGGUAAGCUCCUGUCACUAUCACCACUCCCUUUAGCUGCUAAAGCAACACAGACCUGGCAAAUAAAAGGAUCAGAAGAGAGAUCAAUCAAUCGUGGUGAUGUACUCAUCCUUCAAAGUAUCAAACAAAAUUUUAUCACUAGAAACAAGCAGUUACGAUGCAUUGAUGCCUUUUCUGGGAAGCCAAAACUUUUAAAGUCCAACUGUUCCGGCUUCUUCACCAUACAACCCAGCGAUACUUGCCUUUAUCUUCCUGAAGUAAUAAAAUACUUCAAACUUCCCAACACUUUUCAGAUGUUCAUCAAUGAGGAAGAUAAUCCAGACCUACCCCCAAGCAUGGUCUCACGUCCUGUAAGGCUGACUCACUGUAGCAUUGAAACUUCACUCAUUGCCACUCAACUUGACGUCAUAACUGAAGACGAUGCUACCCAUCCACUCGUGGAGAUACCAAUAAACCUUGAUAUAGAAGUACAAGUAGUUGAGCCAAGGGUUGUCGACAAAAUCUAUGAACAGACCGACCACCUCUACGAUACCAUGGACUAUGCAAACAUUGCAGCUAUACCAUCAAAUGCUGCAUCUAGUACUGUUGAUCCAAUGUCAGUUGAAGCACUGGCUGCUUGUCAGAGAGGUGGACGAAGAACUGUAGGAAUUGAGAUUGAACAGCCGCCAAGAUACAGUGUUGGAAAUGCAGAAAGAGUCAAGUGGAAUGUUGCAAGUGAUAGUCAUGGAGCUUCUAUGAGCAGUACUGAAGUGGUAUCGGGCAGACAGCUGAGCCAUCAAAGAGGGAGAAAUAAAAAAGAAGCGAACAGAAAAGAAAAGGGAAUGCAAGAGAGUUUAGCUGCACAAAUAAAAGCACUGGACACACAAAUCAGUAAUAUUGAGGAACAGAUUCAAGGACUGAUAAAUAAACAAGCUGGUUUGCAUCAAAUCAAGACUAGAUUGAAGAGCGAGUUGGAAUCACAGCAGCCACCACCACCACCAUCAUUUAACAGUACGAUGCCGAAUGAGUAUGGUCACCGCAAUGCAAAACAGGAUUAUCAAAGACCUUAUAGACAGUGAAAUUAUAAAUAAAUAUAUACGCUAUAGAUAUUAUUUUAAUGUCAUUGUCAUUAUUAUUAUUAAUAUUAAUAUUAUUAUUAUUAUUAUUAUGUUAGUGUCAUCAUUAAUUUUGUUUCAUGCACCAGCUCAUUACUAAAACUUAACAUCUGUCAGUAUUAUUACUCUAUCAUUGCGUUUAUUUUUACUUCGUAGUCUCUAAAAUUGUAAAAUUGUUUACACAGCAUAAAAACUCAUUUCACACUUCUAAGCGUAAACAAGGAAUAUGUGAACAAUGUACGUAUAAAAUUAUUUUUAGUUUCUUGAAUAUAUAUGUGAUUGCUUGAAGAAAAAUUAUUGUAAAUAACAUUAAAUUUUUAAAAUAAUGACAAAAAAUUUACAACUGGAGGUCAAAUAAUAAGUACGACAAAUGAAUGCUUUGUGAGAGUUACUGUCUC